UCCUGAAAAUUUGAAGAUCGAUAUCUGCAAUCUCAUUCAAAAUUAUUGUUUCAAUUCUGGUGUCUCCAUUAAUUUGGAUGUCCAUUCUGUUAAUGCCCUUCCUGAUAGUCUGAAAAGUUGUUUUUGUAAACUGAUGACUCAUGCUUACUCCAUUGAUACCCGAUCACAACAGUUGGUUUUAUAUCUUAUGAAGCUUGUUGCUGAUUCUGUUGCCACUGAUGAUGAUAAUAAUGAUGAGUACAGUUCUCAAGAUGUUAAUGCUGCUUCCCAACAUCAGAACUCUCCUAAUGAUGUUACUGUUAAAGAUGCAGAUGUCUCUGAUCAUGUCUUCUGCUCCCAACACCAACCCUUCAAUGAAUAUGAUAACUCCUUUUCAGCUGCAAUUACUAGUGAUGGUCAGAUCAAAUCCUCUCCUUCUGUUUCCGGUGAUACUACUGUUCGUGAUUUGAAAAAACCAGCUACUUUACCCACUCCUAAUUUGUCUCGUGCAAAUAUCAACACUCAGAAAGCCAAUCUUGAUGUUCCAUCUGUUGUUGCUAGAGUCAUGGAGAAGUUGACUAGAAACAAUUCAUGCACUCCUCCAUCUGCCCAUAAAACUACCCCAAGAUUUGUCCCACAACAAUCUGGCUAUCCUCCUACCCAUACAGUUGAAUUUAUCUAUUUUUACAGUGUUAUUGCUCCUGUCAUUUUGAUCGUGUAUAUCGGUCUUUAA